AAAGGGAAGACGCUGUGUGGCUAAAGGAUAGAGAGAGGAGAGCUGGAGGAGGAGGAGGAUUGUUGUUGAACGAACCACGCGGGGGGAAAAGAGUGCGCAGUCCUGGGCAAUGCCUCGGAGGGAGCCUGCAAGCUACACUGAACUGAAGGUGCUGAGCAGCAGUUGAGGAUGGCAGGAGAUUCUCGAGUCCUCAUGGACCACAACAUGGAGAUAGGAGUCACACCUGCACAGGUGAAGAAACUACCCAAACACUUACGAGAGCCUCAGAUCCCGACGGACCGCACUCACCUGAUCACAGACCCCGCCAAGAAACCACGGCAACGCUACGUCCAGAAAGAUGGAAAGUGCAACGUCCACCAUGGCAACGUCCAAGAGACUUACCGGUACCUCAGCGACCUGUUCACUACGCUCGUGGACUUACGCUGGCGACUUAGUUUCUUCAUUUUUACGCUGGUCUAUGUCGUCAACUGGCUUUUCUUCGGCUUCCUGUGGUGGCUGAUUGCGCUUAUUCGUGGGGACUUGUUACACGCCGGCGAGGAGGACUGGACCCCUUGCGUGGAGAACCUCAACAGUUUUGUCUCUGCGUUCUUGUUCUCCAUCGAAACAGAGACGACCAUUGGGUACGGGUAUCGGGUAAUCACGGAAAAAUGCCCCGAAGGUAUCAUUUUGCUUUUAGUGCAGGCCAUUUUGGGAUCCAUCGUGAACGCCAUGAUGGUGGGCUGCAUGUUUGUCAAAAUAUCCCAGCCAAAGAACCGCGCAGAAACUCUAAUGUUCUCGCACAAUGCUGUUAUAUCCGUACGGGACAAUAAGAUGUGCCUGAUGUUCCGGGUGGGAGAUCUGAGGAAUUCCCAUAUCGUAGAGGCGUCGAUCCGGGCGAAGCUGAUCCGAUCUCAGCAAACUAAAGAAGGAGAGUUCAUUCCGCUGAACCAGACCGAUAUUAACAUUGGAUUUGACACCGGGGAUGAUCGGCUAUUCUUGGUGUCUCCGCUCAUCAUAUCCCACGAGAUCAACGAGAAGAGCCCGUUUUGGGAGCUGUCCAUGGCUCAGAUGGAGAAGGAGGAGUUUGAGAUCGUGGUCAUCCUGGAAGGAAUGGUGGAAGCGACGGGCAUGACCUGUCAGGCCCGCAGCUCGUACCUGGACACGGAGGUGCUGUGGGGGUACCGCUUCACCCCCGUCCUGUCUCUGGAGAACGGCUUCUACGAGGUGGACUACAACAACUUCCACGACGUCUACGAAACCAACACCCCCGCAUGCAGCGCCAAGGAGCUAGCCGCUAAGCUACGUGAGGGCCCGCUAUUACCUCAGCUAUCUCUGCUCAGCCCUGAACCCAAAACACAUACAUUUGACCCCUUGAAUCUGCUGUCCAAUCAGGAUCCACUAAACCAGGAAGAGGGGAAGGCGGAGACGGAGAUCGGGGCGGAGAGAGGGGGUAGCAAUGGCUCGGCUGCAGCUUUGGAGCAAGUGUCCGCUCUGCCAGAUGGACUGAACAAGUGAGAGACAUAAAAAAAACAAACGAGGAAACGCGAGAGACAGAGGACAAAAGGACACUGGACACAGGAUACACUGCUUAAUUUAAUCAGCUUGUUUCAUUGCAGUGCUUUGGAAGACAUCUUUGUUCUACCCCAUGCAAUACGCCACACAACUAGCCAAUCUAUAGUUCUGUAGAUUGCUCACACACACUAGCACAUACUUAGAUAUCUACCAUAUGUACUGUUUAAUGAAAGACUGCUGAUUCAGAUUUUAUAAUUGCAAAGACCACUUACUGCUAAAUCACUCCAAGUUUUAUUAUGUAAACUUGAGUGGAGACUAGUAGCCAUAUCUGAGUAAUAUAAGGACUUACUAUCAGUAUCGUCUAUGUGUUUGGUUCUUUCAUUUUUGUAUCUCGUUUUGUCUAAAUCUCGAAGGGGGCGGUGCCUCUUGUCCCUUGACUUGUGGAAACUCAUCUUUUCCUUGAUUAUACGAAGUACGACAUUUUGUUACAUGUUUAUUGACGAUAUUUACUCAACUUGAACCACGCUGCUGUCAGAAAACGGAUACGAAAGUCAGAUUUUUUUUUAAAGAUCACGUUAUUAUGUGUAAUGGCCUGUAUGUUCGACGUGUUUCUCAUGUUUUUCACUUUGUUUUUUUAUGUUUUUAGUCUAGUCUUCCACCCGGUUGGCAUGUUUGACUGAAAAGAUAGAGGUUUAUUCUUAAUCUUGACUUGGAUUUGAAAACAUUUAUGGAUUUGGACAGUGUUGGAUGAGACGACCCGAUCACGAGCUUCAGUGUUUAUGAGUUCGUCAGUGUAAUUUUGCAUAGAAUAAUAUCGGAUGAACUUGGUCAUAGGGCUAUUUGUUUAUAUAUUUCUGUUUAUACCUGCAGCUAGUACACAGAUACAAACAGCUGUGUGUCAUAUUGGCACCUAAAGCACACUUUACUGAGAAAAUAAUAUUCCACAGUGACAAAGCACUGGUCCCCGCUGAUGCAUGUCACUUCUCAUUCAAAUGACAUUUAAAUGCAGAUGUUCAUAUUUUAUAUAUUAAAAAACUACUUGAACUCUUCCUCAUUUUUCUACAUUGCUCAAAAGAAUAUUUAAUUACAAAUGAAACGAUAUAUGUAUGUUUUAUUGUUAUAAUUAUUAUUCAAUGUAAGAAUUGAAGAAGAAUCGCUAUUGCCAAUAAUCAGUCCUGAGAUUAUUUUAUUUUUUGGACUCACAGACGGCAUUUUAGGAUUUAACAAUUACAUUUCGGGUUAUUUUUUGUUUUGUUUUUCAGAUAAAAACAGAAAAACUUGCAUGCAUGAACCCUUAACGCCCCUAUUGCAUAAACGUUUUAAUACGAGAAGAACAGGGUAUUUUUAGGCAUGCAGUUAUUAAUGUAAAAUAAUCACAUAUUAAGAAAAACACAUUUAACUUACCCAGUUAGUUUGUUUAUUUUAAUAGUAUCAUUUGGGAAAAGAUGCUUGGCCAAUGUUAUAAUUUCACUGUGCAUCUUGCUAAACGAUGUGAGAGAGAAAGGUUUUAUUACCAUUGCUGAUGUAUGUUUGUUUUUUCGUGUGUUCUCAUGGGAUUAAACAUAAUAUGUCCA